UGAUCACAAAUUCCAGCCGCUGCGGAAAUAUACCGAUGUUUUAACUUAUUUAACAUACAUAAAAUCUGUUCCUCUUCCUUCCUCUGGGGAAAUGCGCGUGUAAGUGGGUGUGUCGAGUGAGUUUAAACUUUAUGAUGAGUUAAAGUUUGAUCAUGGCCGUGUGGACCCGCGCGGAAAAACAGGGUCAUCUGGACCUGCUGCUGAGUGAUCGCUGGGUUCGGGUCUCUGCGGAACUCACACGGGACACUCUCACACUGACGGCGGAGGGCGAGCCGAGCGGGCCAGCGGGCUAUUCGGAGGACAACUCGCAUUUAAGAAAUGGCGUUUCUAAUGGCAACGAACAGAACCGAGAUGUUUAUCAGAACCGCGGGCAAUACGACAGUCCGGGUCGGGUCAACGGGUCCGACUCGGAGUCCAGCGGUUAUUGUGACCCGGAGGGGGUUCGGAGGGUCCGGAUAGUCAAACAGGACUCCGGCGGACUGGGGAUCAGUAUUAAAGGGGGACGGGAGAACCGUAUGCCCAUCCUCAUAUCAAAGAUCUUCCCCGGUUUGGCGGCGGAUCAGAGUCGAGCCCUUCGGGUCGGCGACGCGAUCCUGUCCGUCAACAGCAGCGACCUCCGCGAUGCCACGCACGACGCGGCGGUGCAGGCGCUGAAGAAGGCUGGGAAGGAGGUGACGCUGGAGGUAAAGUACAUCAGGGAGGUGUCUCCGCUCUUUAAGAAGUCCUCUAUGAGUGCAGAUCUGCCUUGGGAUGGGCGUCUUCAGUCUCCAAACCUCAGCAGUGGGGACGAGUCGCCCAAGAGCAGUAUAACCCGUGACAGAAAGGUCAUCCCGCUCAAAAUGAGCUUCAUCAGCCGAAACCUCACCAUGCCUGACCUGGAAAACAGGUUGCUAGAGCUUCACUCUCCGGACGGCCAGCACACUGUAGUGUUGCGGUGUAAAGACGGGGCCUCUGCUCACUCCUGGUUCACGGCCAUUCACACAAAUGUUGCUGCCCUAUUGCCACAGAUGAUGGACCACAUCAACUCUUUCUUGUGCAAUCCCAGCGCUAACACACACUGCACACUCAAACACAUCGGCUGGCUGGCAGAGCAGCUGGAGCUGGAUGGUGGGCGGCAUCAGUACAGACGAGUGCUUAUGGCGCUCACAGAGAAAGACCUCCUGCUGUUCCAGUCAGUGCCGUGGACAUAUGAGAGCUGGUCCUCACCUCUCCUGACCCAUCCACUGCUCGCUACACGGCUGGUUCACUCGGGCAGCGUGCGCAGCUCUCCGGCUCUGGGUGGAGAUCUGGUGUUCGCCACACGUACAGGCACAGGUCGAGGCAUCGAGUCUCAUGUGUUUCGUGUGGAGACACACUGGGAUCUGUCCACAUGGACACGUGCACUGGUGCAGGGCGGACAUCUGGCUGCUGAGCUCAUCAAAGAGGUGUCCAUAGGCUGUGUGUUGAACAGACAGGAAGUGCGUCUGAUCCUGCAUUAUGACAGAGGGUUCACUGUGAAGCGGGAAUCUGGCGAAUCCGUGCUCUUUCACUUCCCCUAUGAGCGGCUCAAGAUGUCCGCAGACGAUGGAGUUAGGAAUCUCUACCUGGACUUCGGUGCUCCAGAGGGCGAGAUGGUGUUUGAGCUUCACUCAGGGCCGAAGCCUGUGGUCUUUGUGCUUCAUUCGUUUCUCUCAGCGAAACUGGCUCGUUUGGGACUGCUCACAUAGGAUCAACAGGAAAUGAUGGAGGUUCAUUUAUUUCAUUGAUUUAUUGACAACUAGUAUUUUACUCAAGAAGUGUUUUCAUAGUUCUACUUCUCUUCUAGCUAACACAUUUGUUCAGUGGGUGUGUGUGUGUG